UUCCAAUGGAGCGAAGACCUAGACCUAGCUCUAGACGAGAGAUUCGGAUGCAGCCUCUAAUGACUCUGAGGAAGUAAAAAUGGCGACCGUCUGUACGCGACAUGUGUUGACUUAUGCCAGGCAAUUGACAAAUUCUUUUGUUCAGAGGAAGUCUUUACCAGUAACUCGAGUAGAGGUGAGGUACCAUGCCCGCUGGUUCGCUCCAUUCCUGUUUGCACUUCAGAGACAAAUCAAGGCUAUCAAGCAGAAAUAUGGGCCGGAAGAAAAGAAGCCCAGAUCACAUCAAGAAAACUGGGACUAUGAUAGUGAACUCUAUGCUUUUGGCAAGCGUUUGGGUGAGGAUUUCACAGAUGCCACAUUGCGAACGGCCCUGACCGACCAAAGCUACGUGGAGCAGGAAGAGACGAGGCGGGAGGAGAUGGGAGUGACGGGAGACUCGGUCAAGCUGGAGAUUGAAGACAACCAGGAACUGGCACAAACCGGUGGGGUCUUUAUCUCAGACUACAUCAAAGCCUACUUGAGGCGUGUCUACCCAAAACUUCCUGACGAGGGAAUCUGUGCAGUUAGUGACUAUCUGACAAGACCAGAGCUUCUAGUGCAUGUCGGCAGCCAUCUUGGUUUGAGAGACAUCAUUCUGUGUGCAGGUUUCCCUACACCCCCUGAAGUCGCAAGCUCUGCUCUUCAGGCCAUAGUGGGAGCCAUACUUCAAGACACUAGUGCCGAGAGGGCUGGUCUCUUUGUCCGCGAUUUCCUCCUGUCCCAGUUGGUGGACAAAGACAUCAAUGAGCUAUGGCCCAUCACCAAUCCGAUGGGCUUGCUGGUGGAACUGCUUGAAAGGGAAGGCAGAGCCCCACCCGAGGUCAGACUCCUACGGCAAGUUGGUACAUCGACCAUAAUGCCUCUGUACAUGGUGGGAGUUUACAGUGAUAGAAAGCUCUUAGGAUGGGGCCCUGGGGAGACAUUGGCCAUUGCUGAGGAAGAAGCAGCGCGGGUUGCCCUCAAGCACAUCUUUGGCACCACCGAGAACAGUCCACCCCUGCCUCUGGACUCAGUGAAGUUCAAGCAGUUGAACGUAGCAGUUGUUGAAGAGGUUCGGCGGGGACGACUAGGCGGUCAAUCUGCCAUUUAACAAUGAGAAGAGUUAGGCAAAGCAAACUGUGACUUUGUUUGCGGGACGGUCUCAACAGUGGACAGCUAUGCAGUGCACAUUUUGUUAGUACUUCAGACUAGAAAGGGAUGGGUUAUUACCUUUG